UGUAUGGUGUGUGGGAAGGGCUUCUCCCAAGCCGCAAACCUCUAGACGCACCAGAAAGUGCACAGUGGAGAGAAACCGUACCCCUGCUCUGACUGCGGGAGCAGGUUUACUCACAUGGGAGACUUGAAGAGACACCAGUUGUUGCACACUGGAGAGAAACCGUACCAGUGCUCCGGGUGUGGAAUGAGGUUCUCGCUCUCUGAGAACCUACUGAGACACCAGCGUAACUCUUCAGGGAUAUGUGGUGCUGUGAGCCUUAAUCAGGCUACUGGGAGUGGGAUUCUACUUCCACAAGAUGCUACUGUCUUCCAGAAUAUACUGGUCAAGGCUGGGCACAAACCAACAGAGUCCCUGCCUUCUGACCAGAGCCAAAGUGAAGCCUCCACUCAAACUGCUGGAAUGACUGUUAAUGUUAAAGAGGAGGACCGAACACUUGGACUGAAGAUUAAAACUGAAGAACUGGAGGAUGAAGAAGAAGAGGCGGAGGAAGAGGAGGAGGAGGAGGAAGUUGUUGGGCUGAUUAAUUCUGAUGGAGAAGAAAUGGACUGGGAUCCUUCUCUUCUUGGAUAUAAUCCCAGUCAGAGUUCUGACAUUGAAGAGAGUCCCUCUACAUCAGGAGUACCUGAACAUCACCAGGAGAACCAUACCGCUAAGAGCUCUCACUGCUGUUCAGUGUGUGGAAAAGACUGCCAAAAAUUAUCGGCGCUACAAAAACACAUGAGAAUUCACACAGGAGAGAAGCCUUACCCCUGUACUUUGUGUGGAAACCAAUUCCGUGAGAAGGGACACCUGAAAGCACAUCUGAAAACACACACUGGAGAGAAACCUUACCACUGCCCGACCUGUGGGAUGAAGUUCGCCCAUUUGGGAGCCAUGAAAAUACACCUGCUGACACACACUGGAGAGAAACCUUACCCCUGCUCUGUAUGCAGGAAGAAUUUUGCAAGACCAGCAGACCUUAAAGUACACCACAGAGAUCACACAGGUGAGAAACCUUACAGCUGCGUUGAAUGUGGCCAGAGCUUCACCAGUUCCCACAACCUAUGGAAACAUCAGAAGACCCAUCUACCACCUGGACUACCACCACCUGUUGAGUUUGACAACCACAACCAAACACCUGAGAUGAAUACUAAAAACGAAGGACUAGAUGAGGAGGAGGAGGAAUUCGGUGUUCUGAUCAAUUCUGAUGGAGAAGAAGUUGGAUUGGACUUGGAUCCUCCUUGUCUCAAUCCUCUGAGUUCUGAGGAAGAGGAGAGUCCGUCAACAUCAGGAGAAACUGAACAAUACCAGGUGAACCACAAUACAGCUCUGAGGUACAGCUGCUCUGUGUGUGGGAAGCAGUUCAACCACAAAGGACAUCUGCGAAGACACGAGAGUGUACAUUCAGUUGAAAAACCUUAUGGUUGCUCAGACUGCGACAAGAUGUUCGGUUCAACCACAGCUCUGAAUAGACACAAGAAGUUACACAGAGAAGAGAAACCUCACACUUGCACAGUGUGUGGGAAAGGUUUCGCUCAACUGUCACGUUUGAAGGAACACUACCCGACGCACUCGGGAGAGAAACCACACUGCUGCUCUGAGUGUGGGAAGCGCUUCACUAUUGCGUCGCACCUCAAAACGCACAGCAAAGUCCACUUGGGGGAGAGUCCUUAUACCUGUAACAUAUGUAGGAGAGAUUGCCAGAAGUUGUCCGCAUUCAAGUUGCACAUGAGGUUCCACACAGGAGAGAAGCCCUUCAGUUGCUCUGUGUGCCAGAAGCAGUUCACUCAGAAAAGACAUCUGCAAGACCACCAGAAAGUACACACUGGAGAGAAACCGUACCCCUGCCCCCACUGUGACAAGCGGUUCAGCUUCUCCUCAGCCUUGAAAAGACACCAGCAGUUACACACAGGAGAAAAACCCCACUGUUGCUUUGUGUGUGGGAAUUGUUUCUCUCAAGCAGGGCGCCUGAAAGAACACCUACGGACGCACUCGGGAGAGAGACCUUUCUCCUGCUCUGUCUGCGAGAAAACCUUCAGAAACCCUUCUGAACUCACUAUACACAACAGAUCUCAUACAGGAGAGAGACCGUACAGCUGUGCUGAAUGUGGUAAGACCUUCACCAGUUCUAUGAAGCUGGGACGACACAAGAAGAUCCAUCAGAACACAAACACUGAAGAGAAUCUGACUAAAGAUGUGAAGAGAAUUCCAUGAGUAUUGAUGAUGAUGAAGAAGUGGAGGCUGCCUCCGCAGUUAGUGGAUGCUAGUAGGGUGAAGAAGAGGAGGAGGAGGAGCCUCUACAGUUAGUGGAUGCUAGUAGGGUGAAGAAGAGGAGGAGGAGGAGCCUCUACAGUUAGUGGAUGCUAGUAGGGUGAAGAGGAGGAGGAGCCUCUACAGUUAGUGGAUGCUAGUAGGGUGAAGAGGAGGAGGAGCCUCUACAGUUAGUGGAUGCUAGUAGGGUGAAGCGGAGGAGGAGCCUCUACAGUUAGUGGAUGCUAGUAGGGUGAAGAGGAGGAGGAGCCUCUACAGUUAGUGGAUGCUAGUAGGGUGAAGAGGAGGAGGAGCCUCUACAGUUAGUGGAUGCUAGUAGGGUGAAGAGGAGGAGGAGCCUCUACAGUUAGUGGAUGCUAGUAGGGUGAAGAGGAGGAGGAGCCUCUACAGUUAGUGGAUGCUAGUAGGGUGAAGAAGAGGAGGAGCCUCUACAGUUAGUGGAUGCUAGUAGGGUGAAGAGGAGGAGCCUCUACAGUUAGUGGAUGCUAGUAGGGUGAAGAGGAGGAGGAGCCUCUACAGUUAGUGGAUGCUAGUAGGGUGAAGAGGAGGAGCCUCUACAGUUAGUGGAUGCUAGUAGGGUGAAGAAUAGGAGGAGGAGGAGCCUCUACAGUUAGUGGAUGCUAGUAGGGUGAAGAGGAGGAGCCUCUACAGUUAGUGGAUGCUAGUAGGGUGAAGAGGAGGAGGAGCCUCUACAGUUAGUGGAUGCUAGUAGGGUGAAGAGGAGGAGCCUCUACAGUUAGUGGAUGCUAGUAGGGUGAAGAGGAGGAGGAGCCUCUACAUUUAGUGGAUGCUAGUAGGGUGAAGAGGAGGAGGAGCCUCUACAGUUAGUGGAUGCUAGUAGGGUGAAGAGGAGGAGCCUCUACAGUUAGUGGAUGCUAGUAGGGUGAAGAAGAGGAGGAGCCUCUACAGUUAGUGGAUGCUAGUAGGGUGAAGAGGAGGAGCCUCUACAGUUAGUGGAUGCUAGUAGGGUGAAGAGGAGGAGGAGCCUCUACAGUUAGUGGAUGCUAGUAGGGUGAAGAGGAGGAGCCUCUACAGUUAGUGGAUGCUAGUAGGGUGAAGAGGAGGAGGAGCCUCUACAGUUAGUGGAUGCUAGUAGGGUGAAGAGGAGGAGGAGCCUCUACAGUUAGUGGAUGCUAGUAGGGUGAAGAGGAGGAGGAGGAGGAGCCUCUACAGUUAGUGGAUGCUAGUAGGGUGAAGAGGAGGAGGAGGAGGAGCCUCUACAGUUAGUGGAUGCUAGUAGGGUGGAUAAUCGUGAUGAUUGAGAGUGCCGCCUGAUGACCGUUGGUCUCCUAACGAGGUGCCGGUUUAGACUGGGAACGAUGAACAAUGAUGACUUCAUAAUGUACAAAAUAUAUCUGCACACUGAUGCAUGUUUCCAAGAAUUGUAUUUUAUUUUAAGUGAGCAAUGUUUUUGUGAAAGGUUAAUGGUUUCAAGAUUUAAGCCAAUUUGUAUCAAAUACAUUUAAACUAUAAAAAAAAGCAUGAAAAGGUAAAGACAGCAGACUGAACAGUAUAAAGCGGAUAAACAACAUACUAAUACACAAUCAGUCAAUCCAACGUAAGAAAUGACAUGAGCAAACUAGCUGGUGGUAUCUAUAAACAUUUUAAUAAAGUGAUCCAUGUUCUUUCUAUUUUAUUAAGGUUAAUUCAUGUGAUAAUAUGCUAAUUAUGCAACAGUCCAAAUAGUAGGUUUGUAGUCCAUAGAAUAGCUCUUCUUCCCUGUUCUUAACACUUACAAAACUUGUCUUUUAAUAUCAAUGUUCAUCAUCUUAGUAAACGAUGUUAUUUUAGAAAGUCGAGAUUGUUCAGAGUAGGAUAUUGCUGAAAGAAGUGUGUGUGUGUGUGUGUGGACAAUCAUUUCAGAAUGAGGUGUUUGUGGAAUAUUGAUAUGGAUUGUAUGUCAUAAUCAUGUUACGUGAUGUCAUAAUCAUGUUACGUGAACAAUGGAAAUAAAAGUAAA